AAUGAGGGAAGUCAUGAAGCUUGUACGGGGGUAAUUGAUGGAGGAGGGUGGGAGGCCCGAUAGACUGAUUAUCGAACAUUCCAGCAUUAUUUUUUGUUUUUUCAUACACAGAAAGGAAAGUCAUACUAGCAUUGUACAAUAGGCUUCACUCACACAUAAAAAUAUCUAUCAAUACCUUAAAUUUUGUAAUAAAUUUUUUCAGUUAAAGAUAUGUGGCAACAGGCCUAUAACAUUCGAAAGUCUAUAAUUUUCUAUCUGAGAUUAAAUGAAAAAUUGAUAGAAUUUUUUUUUCAAUUCCCGACAACUGCCGACGUUGGACUUCGUCAUCAGAAAUGUUGUAUUGACACUUUAAUUUUUAUGGGACCAAUAUAGAAUUUUUACUACGACGAUUAAGAAAUUCAACAUUCCCAAAUGUUGAUAAAAAAUAAUAUCAAAUUGUAUCGAUGCCAUCAGAUGUACCCGAUUUACCACAGACCCCCCACCCCAACAGUCUCACAGAGACUUCAUUGCAUCGUUUGUGGAAGGGAAAAGCGUAUGCCCCACUGAGUCCCAGCGCCCAUGCUGUCUCUCCCCACUCCAUAAUACUUACUCCCCAUUGGUCCAGUCAAUGAGGCGUUCUACGAAUCCUGGUGCAAAAUUCAUCAGUGCCAUCUAAACACUCAUCGACAUCAGUCAGAAGGGACAUCGAAAUCAUAAGAAACUGAAAAUGAGUAACAAAGAGUCACGUAAAUAUGAGGCAAAGUGGCCAGCCCCGACACCUGAAGCCGAGAUGUCUAUCGACUCGGGGCUAAGCUUUGAUGGUUCUGAUGACCAGUGGAGUGCUAUUGAGAACAUGGAUACUUGGCAAGAGGAGUUUAAUCAAGCCGCUGAGGAGGUCUACUGGAGUGCGGAGACCAACUUUGCAUUCGAUAAUGUCUGGAUUUACUACCCCGUUGGCAGCCCUAGGUUUGAGUACACCAGACACCUGGGGACAUACUGGCCGAGUCCUGAAUCACAGGGGGCCUCACCAUUGAUAUCAUCGACAUACAAUCCAGAGCCGACCAACUUUUGUCCGGCGGGAAGGGAGUACUGCUGUGAAUUGGAACAUGAUAACUGUAUGACAAUGCUUAUGAAUUAUCGAUCGCACGUUGUAAUCGAGCCGCGAUAUGUAUUAGAGAUGGAAGCUCGCCGUUUUGGUCCACAGGUUAAUAGUCGGGCCCAUCCGCUUUAUCGACUCGAAUUCGGUCCUAUGACUCCUACAAAUAUAUAUAAUGGAUUUUAUUAUUAACCGCUUAAUUUUCGGGAAUUUAUGAUAAUCAUUCCCAUUUUUUCAUGAUUUGCCUUAUUUGUAAAACCUUUGGAUUGAAAAUAUUAUUGCAUGACUAUUUCUAUUGUACAAAUCCCUAUGGA